AUAACUAGAAACUUCCUCAAGCCACAAUGGUACCAUGGUAGAGAUAUCUGUUAAAAAGAUCAUGCUUUUAACAAGGACUAUCCCCAGAGAAGAGGACAGUAAACAUUCUUGAAUGAGUGAGUUUUUAGUUUUUAUCGUUAGUGCAUUUGUUUUAUUUAAGCUUGAGUUAUUACAAAAUCACGGCUCUUAUUUUAACUUAUAGAAAACUGUCAAAAUGGCAGCAGUUUUGGGUCAGUUUAUGCAAUUCCAUUCAGUUCAUGGGAUAAAUGUGAGACUGGACCCCUCGAGGACUCAGGCCACCCGAGUAGAAAGUUUUGCAAAUGGCAUCUGCUUCAGUAAAGACCCUUUAAGCUCUGGAGAGAUCUUCCUAGUGGAGAUUGAAGAGAAAGAACUGGGGUGGUGUGGUCAUUUAAGGAUUGGACUUACUGCCCAUGACCCUCGAACACUGGAUACUGUGCCAGAAUACUCUCUGCCUGAUCUUGUCGAUAUGGGAGACAGCUGGGUAUUUGCAAUAACAAGAAACCAUAAUAAAGUCGUUGAGGAUGAAGGAGGAGAAGCAGAAGGUGGUGAACAGCCAAAUGUUGGUGACGAAGCAGAAAACAAGCCUAAAACAUUUUUCACAGACACUCACCUGUAUAUAGAAAACAUGAGCAUACCCAGAGACAAGUUAGUGGGACGCAGUCGGCCCGGGAGAUUCAGUCACAUCCUGGAUGAUCUGUACAAAACCAAUGCUCUACCUCCCACUGCCCGUCGCAGUCGGAUAGGGGUUGUCUAUGUACCUAAGGGACAAGGGUAUGCCGACAUGCACAUUAUCGUCAAUGGUGAAGACAUGGGAGCCUCUGCCAAGAGGAUCCCCAGCAAUAAGCCACUGCUUUGUAGAAAACGAAGUGUUUGA